AUGAAAGUAAUGGCGCACGGGUGCGCGUUUCGUCGAUUUCUUGCGACGAUACUUUUCAGGCCGCAGGAUGUUUGGAUCUAUUUUCACCAAGAAUCUGCGCGAUUCAUCGGCCCCCUUCUCAAUUCCGAGAAGGGGGCGGAUGGCGGAUUCUGGCUGACGUUGCUCCCGGUCCCGCAUCCCGAAGUCAAGGGGCUGGCUAUCGGAAGCUUUGCUCGGAAUGAAGAUAGGCCUGGUGGUGGGUUUUGCGUUGUGUUUGGUUUUGCGCUUUUGCACCGACGCGGGCGGCGAUGCCUCGUUGAAGUAAGAAAGGCGCAAACCCAGACCCGGCGCCCGCAAAAAGCGGAAGCCAGGGAGGGCCGCGAAAAAAAUCUCCGCGCGCGCUGCGCGCGCGGAGAGAAGUUCUUGCAGCCGAGCCGCAGGCCGUGCGGGCUUCGAAAUGAGCGAAGGGGGUUCGGCAAACUCAACUCCCCGAAUUUGCCACGCGCGCAGCGCCUUCCUUGUGGGGCAACUUCUUCUCCGUGCGGCGCACGCGCGGCCCGGCCCCUCCCAUUCAUAUGGAACGCCUAA